UGCGGGAAGCGUUUCAAACGCAUGGAGCACCUCAAGCGUCACAAUCGCACCCACACACAAGAACGGCCGCACAGGUGUCCUUUCCCAACGUGCGGCAAGAUGUUCGGCAGGACUGAUAAUCUCGCCCAGCACCUCAAGACGCACUACCGC